UCUUUACGAUUUCCACUGCUAAUAAUCUUACGAAUUUAGUGAAGGCACAAGGGGUUAAAUUUUAUUACGAUUUAUCACCAUUUCCGUGUGUUAGAUUGUUGAAUUCAACUGGAGUCAUUGGAUGUCAAUCAUUACAGCCAGUAACUGGAAUAUUAUAUCCAGUAAACACACCUUAUGAUAUUAAACAAUUUAUUAGUCAAGACUUGAAUGGCAAAUUUACCGUUGUUAUGCCUUAUGAUUUGAUGACGAUAUCAAAUCUUCGCGAUCUUGAAUUAUCACAAAAAUUAAGUGGAGUUAUUGCAAUAAUAAAUGGAACAUCAGGUGUUGCUCCAAGACCAGCCGAAUUUUCACCAGAUGAGACAUGUCCAAACUGUCAAUUUGGAUUAUAUAGGGACGAAAAUGAUCAACAUCAAUGGAAUCCUAAUGGGCGAGGAUUAAUUCAACAGAGAUUUGAUUUCCUGAUAUUUGCACUUUAUCCAUUUGAGCAAAACAGUACAAGUGAUUAUAAUCGAGUCAUGAAGGGUGCUGCAAGCAACAUGUUGAGUUCGUUUAAAGAAUAUCCAUUACAAGCUAUAGAACUUAGUUCGUUGAUGUGGUCUGCAAUAGAUGCCAGUACUUGCCUUAGACGUGAAUUUUGUCAACCUGUGGGUGGACAGUCUGUAUAUUCUACACCAUCUAAUAGCAUUUCAAAUGAUGAUAAUAAACCAAUUAUCGUUGUUGCAGCCGCAAUGGACAGCCGUUCACUUUUCCAUCCGUUGACUUUAGGUGUGGAUAAUGGAAUUUCAAGCACAAUCGCUGUAUUAGCUGUUGCCGAUGCUAUAAGUCGAUCACAAGUUACACUUGACAAGCUUCCUAAGCAUAUAUUAUAUACUUUAUUUGAUGGUGAAGCAUGGGGUUUUGCUGGAUCUUCAAAAUUCGUAGCAGAUAUUACACAAUUUAAUUGCCAAGUAAAAGGAUCAGCAAAAGGGUGUCCUUUUAAAGGUGGUUGUGGUUUUCCGUGUAAACAGGAUCUUGAUUUCACACGGAUUAACUUUACAAAUAUUGAGUCAAUAUUUGAGCUCAGUCAAGUUGGCAUGGGUGCGACAGGAUUUUACGUUCAUGUGGAUUCCAACAGCACAUUGAAUAUUGACUUGAUAAAUAAGAUGAACAAUAUAUCAGCGACAAUAAAUAAUGGGAAUGCAUUUGUACAGGCAGCAAGCGCAAAUGGAACUAAUUUUAAGUUACCACCGUCUAGUUCUAUGGCAUUUUUGGAAAAAAAUCGAAGUUUGGCUGCGGUGGUUUUGGGUGAUUUUCAGAGCGAGUUAAACAAUGAAUACGAUGAUGGUUUCAACGUUCCCAAUUAUUCUAUAAUUGGAUCAAUUUGCUCAAUUGCAAAUGUUACAGCCCAAACAGUUUGGCUUCAGGCACAAGGAUUAAAUUACUCUAAUAAUAUUCCAAUAUCGGCAUUGUUUAAGAUACGCAAUAAUGGGAGAAUUGGGAGAAUUGGCCAUUAUUCAUCAGUUUUUCAAUAUGGUCAGCCUGGGUUUUUACCGACGUUCGCAUAUAAUUUUUUAUUAAGUCUUAAUUCUUCAUUGAAUUCUUGUAAAGUGUCAACAGAUUGUCAGAAUGGCGAAUAUUGUUAUGGGGGCAAAUGUGCAAAUACAGUCACAAGAUACCAUGAUGCAUAUGGCACGGGAAUACAAUAUAAUCAAGAUGGAAAUGCUUUUGUUAUAGAUCCUAUUAAAGCUACUUGGGUUGAAAGCAAGUAA